AUGGCAUCCUCAGAGUGGGAAAUCACAUUACGACACUAUCGGCUUUUGAGCUCUCAGCCUGCCUUUGCUCGGCAAGUGCUAAGAUGCCCUCACUUUCCACCAACGGAGGAGACCACCGAACGACCACGACAAAGACUGCGGAGCCAGCACAGCCAGCGAUCCUCCGACGCAGCGACCCAUCGCUGGCGAGAGCUAUCGAGCACGCUUGUCUUGGCCUCCUUGCUGUCUUCCUGCCUGAGCCCGCAAGGGGAGCAGGAGCUGUGUGUGCACUGGACGUUGCGUGCCGCCGGGCAAACCUUCAAGGAAGGCGUGAGCUGCCUGCGGAGGCUCAUGGCAUUGAGGGCCUCUGCUAUGUCCGAGCGGUGGGAUCUAGGCCGCUUCAAGCGGAUCACCUACGACGUGCUCUGCCAGAACACGUCUGCACGCGCGGACCGGCGCCGCGAACUUCAUGGAGGCGCUUGCCUCCUGCACGCUGGCACGCCCGCGCAGGCGUCGCGCCGCGCGCCAGUGGCGGGCCUGGCUUUUGCCGAUUGUAUCGGACCAGAUCCAGGACACUUCCAGCGGCGGCCGCUGUAUCCCAAUCAGAAGUGUUUGGUGGUGCUUGCUCGAUGUGGAGGUCUUUCUUGUGGAGACAUCCCUGGAGGUGAGGUCGCCGUGCUGGCGCAUCUGCGGCGUCUCUUCCAGCGCACGCGGCGCUACCACGACAUCCAAGGCGUUGAGUUGGCGUUGUUGGAUCAUUUCCAGUUGGACCUCUCCCAAAUCGAGUGCGAGGCCAAGGAACUGGCCCGAGUCUUGCUGGGAGAGAUUGGCAAGGUGGAUCAGGCGGAGUUUGGAGCUCAGCUGCAGCUGCUGGUGGCCCUGCUGCGGCGCAAGAACUGCCGCUGGUGGCAGCUCACACCGGAGCAGCUGAAGACGAUGGAGGAGGUCUUGAAGCGUCAGAAGCGCGCGGAGCUCUUCGCAGAGUUUGAUGCCUGGGCGCACCCUGAGAAGUUCAGUGAAGAAGAAGUGCUGAGCCACAUCCAUCGGUGCACCGUGAAAGGCACGUCUUUCGCACAAAUCCUGUCCAGCCUGGAGCAUUGGCAGCUCGCUGCUCGCUUGGAUCCAUCCAGUGCCUUGCGCUGCGCGGUGGCCUGGCUGAGGACGCGCCACGCCUUCGCCCAGGCGGUGGUGCUCUUCAAACAUCUGGAGCUGUGGCGUUCCGAGGUGCACCUGGAUGCUUUCGAGUUGGAAGCGCUACUGGCGCUGCAACGCUUGGUGCGCACGGACCGCCGGCAGCUGGCAGCCGCGCUGGCCGCGCUCCAUGCAGCAGCGGGGACACCACUGGGGCAGCCGCCAAGGGCGUGGGCCUGGGCGGCCAAGGCCAUGAGCAGCGGUAGCAAGGGCCCCAUCCAUUGGCCGGCCUGGGCGCGGACCAUGGAGAAGGGCGCCGGGAAGGUCUUGGGCCUUGGCGUCCCGUGGAGGCUGAUCAGGUCGGCACGAGAAAUGGAGGAGUCUCUUGAGGUCUUGAGCGCAAGUUCUAUCCUGGGCAUGGACGCCGAGUGGGCGCCGGAUUCGUCCAGCGGUCUGGCGAUCCUGCAACUGGCCACUUGGGAGGAAGUCCACAUUUGGGACCUCCAGGAGGGGCCCCCGGAGGCCUUCGGCCCACUGCUACAAAAGCUGCUAGGGUCCAAUCGAGCACGAAAGCUGGGUUUCGGCUUCGCGAUCUCAGACUGGCCUCGCUUGAGCUCGCUCUUGGGAUCAGACCCCUCACUUCUGCGGCUUGUGGAUCUGGAGCGCUUGGAACCCACCAGCUCCGGACUGAAAGGCUUGGUGGCCAAGGCGCUGGGACACAAGUUGGACAAGACCGAACAGAGCUCGGACUGGACGGCUCGUCCGCUCUCGGAGAAGCAACUGCAAUAUGCGGCCUUGGACGCGCACUGCUUGCUGCAAAUCAUGAAAGCUUUGGCUCCCAAAGAAGAGGACCUGAAGUCCUUGGAAGUCGACCUCGAUCAGAAGCGCCUGCAGUGCGUGGAGGAAACGGAUGCACAGCUGCCAGGGGUGGAGCUACGAGUGGGGCAAGUGGAGGAGGUUUGUGGAGUGCCCGGUUCCCGCAGCCUGAGUUCUUGCCGUGUGAGCUUAGGGCACCGCUCCAAGCAAGUGGUCCAAGGUGGCCAUGUGCUAUGUCUUCAUCAACGCGUCUUGGUGAUUUGCAACCUGCGGCCGCGCCAGCUCCACGGCGUCACCUCCGAGGCCGGGCUCCUCGUGGCCGCCGCUUCUCCGGGCCGCGCGGCGCGGAGAACGGCGCGGAGAGCGGCGGCACGGCCGCCGGAGGCGGCGCAGCUGGGGGAAGCAGUGGAUGGCGAGAGGAAGUAUCCACUCCUGGACAUCUCCAGCCCUGAGAACCCCUGGACUCGUGCAGCGCGGCGCUUGUCGACCGGACACGGGCUUGUCCUGCUGGAUGGCCGACCCUUGCUGUGCGCGGGGCAGCCUUGCCAGAUCGAUCAAGAAGGAGGUCGUUUCGAGUGA